AUGUCCAACGAAGUCGUUCUUAAGAUCAAAGAGGAGAUCGAGCGGCUGUUGAAAGCGGGCUUCAUCCGAACAACUAGGUAUGCAGAAUGGUUAUCUAAUUUGGUGCCUGUGGUCAAGAAAAAUGGGAAGCUAAGGGUCUGUAUCGACUUUAGGCACCUCAACUUGGCCACGCCUAAGUAUGAAUACCCUAUGCCCGUCCUAGCCAAUUUAUUGGUCGAUCAUCCUUGUUUGGAG